AUGAAGUGGGUCCGGCCGGGCUGGCUGCUGCUGCUCCAGACCUUGGCCACCACCUGCAGCCCUCUGCCCCAGCAAGACCUCAGCACCAUGGAGGAGCUGGGGCUGGAUAGCAUCAGGGAGGUGGAGCUGGACAUGGCCCCCACCUCCUUUGACGACCAAUACAAAGGCUGCACCAAGAUGAUGGAGAAGGAGCUGGAGGAGCUCAACCACACCGAGUUCACCACCAACAGCCUCUACUCCAAGGAGUGGACCUUGGCCACCCAGCAAUGGCUCAGCCAGAGUGGUGCUGGUGGCCCCAGGGUCCUGAGCCCACAGCAGGAAGUGGCCCUCUUGGUCUAUACCAGACACAGCGACCUCUAUCGCGCCUUCAACCGCAACGUGAGCCAGGCCGGCAGCUCCCUCCGGUUCUACCUGGAGUCCUUCCACUUCAAGGUCCUCCACUUCCUCCUCAGCCAAGCUCUGGCCACCCUGAGGGCCACCCCAGGAGCAGAGGCUUGCCUCUCAGUCUACAGAGGGGUGGAAGGCAUCAGGUUCACCACCCAGCCCGGGCGCUCCAUCCGCUUCGGCCACUUCACCUCCACCUCCCUGAGCAGGGAGAAGGCCUUGACCUUCGGCCAGGACACCCUCUUCUCCCUGGAGACCUGCUAUGGCGUGCUCAUCAGCGACUACUCCAUCUACCCUGGCGAGGAGGAGGUCCUCAUCCCACCCUUUGAGAGCUUUGUGGUCAUCAGUGUCACCCAGCAUGGGGACCAAGCCGAGAUCCAGCUCGUCUCCCAGGCAGGGCUCAGCAACUACAACUGCGAGUUUGUGAAAGAGAAGAGAUGCAAGAGCCAACCAUGUGCCUUAAGCUCAGGCAGGAGCAGCUUUGGGGUCCCCCCGCACCUCUGGGUGCUUCUCCUGGCAGCCGUGGUCCUGGCAGCACCGGGGGGGGGACCCUGAGCCAAGGCAGCACCGCGGCCAGCGACCCCCGGCCGGGAAAAGACAGCGG